AACUACCAAGUUUACCGUAGCGCCAAUCUCGUUUGCAGGUCACUGUGCUGUGAAAAUAUCAAGUUUUCGUCAACUCCGGAGCACACUGGUACCAUUCAUCGUCCAGGCAAAACCGAUGACAGACCUGUGUUGGAUUUGCCCAAAAAAUAACUACUAAGUUUACCGUAGCGCCAAUCUGCCCGAUAUAGUGAAGACAGCCAAACUAAAAAAACAGGAAGAGCAUUUACGCAUUGUAGACAUUAGCUAUCUUCAUUACUUUUAUGAGGCAUAUGGAUUGGGUGAGAGACAUUUGGACAUGCACUGUGAUAAUUGCACAGGACAAAAUAAAAACAAAUUUGUCUUGUCUUAUCUAGCGUGGAGGGUGAUCCACGGUUUACACAAGUCUAUAACAUUAAAUUUUUUGAUUACUGGUCAUACCAAAUUUUCACCGGAUUGGUGUUUUGGCCUGAUAAAACAAAAAUUCCGGAAAUCCAGGGUCUGUUCAGUAGCCGAGUUAGCUGACGUAGUACAACAAAGCACAGUAACAGAUGUUAACUUGGCUCAACCAACAAUGGAUGGGGAGGAAAAUAUUGUCCAGCAAUAUAACUGGCAUCAAAAAUUCAAUGAAACCUACAAGGCUGUCAUUGGUAUAAAGAAAUAUCACUUCAGGUUCUGUCACAAAAAUCCAGGAGUUGUUUUUUGUAAGGAAUACAGAGACUCGGAUGAGGUUGAAGUUUGUCUGUUGAAAGAUGUUAAUGUUGUCCCAACUGCAGACUUGCCAUUAAUAAUCCCUCCACCAGGAUUAACGGCUGCAAGACAGUGGUACCUGUUUGAAAAAAUCUGUGAAUUCUGUUCUGAUGAAACCCAAGAUGCAACAUGUCCACGACCGACAGUCGAAAAACCCUGUCAUAUCAACGAACACCCUGACGAGAUAACAGACAGAACAUGCCUAGGGCCGACCGCCUUAUUACCUCACCAUAUUAAUGAAAACCAAAACCAUGACGAGAUGAUCGAUUGCGAGUUGAUACGUUGAUACGUGGGCAUGGUAGUGGUCAAACCACAAAUAAUCAGCUACCAAUGAAACAGGGUCUUGGCCGUGGUCGUGGUCAAACGAAGAACAUGGAGAAUAUUCCACCACCAGCGAAACGUGGUUGUGGUCGCGGUCGAACCACGAACAGUGAUAUUGUUCCACCACCAGCGAAACGUGGCCGACCCAAUAGCUAAAUGAUUCCGCACCCCACCGUAUCGUAGCAAAAUGAACUGGCUCAUCUAAAUGGCCACAUUUCCAGUGCUUGAGUUACUUUUCUUUUACAAAUCAUCCUAU